AUGAACUUGAAAUCAGAUGAUAAUAUUACAAGAGUAUUUGAAAGACAUUAUUCUCAAGUUAAAUCAGUUUAUGAACGUGUUCAUGAUUUACUUUCAAAUGAUAUAAUAAAAUUUGAAAGAGAUUAUCUUCCAUUUAUUUGUAAUCGUGGUAUUGCAAUUAAAUAUUAUACAGGUCAUACAGUGUGUUUUUGUCCAUCAAGUUACUAUGGAUUCCAAUGUGAAUUUUAUAGUGAUCGAAUCACAGUUGCCACACAUCUUGAUUUGCAUAAUUCUCGUCUAUUGAUCAGUGAAAUAAAUGUGAUCAAAGUCUUGACAACAUUUUUAUUUGAAGAUCAAAUUAUUGAUUAUUAUGAAUUUCAUAUUGAUCCACAAACACAAAUUAAUGAAAAUUAUAUUAAACAAGGAAUUUAUUUUUUGUAUCCUCGAUUAAAAGAAUUUCUUCAUAUGAAAAAGACAAAUCGAAGUGAUACUCAGUUGUACAGUGUUAGAUUUGAAGCAUUUAAUUUAGAUUUAAAUGAAAAAAUUCAAAUCAUUGGAAUUUGGAAAUAUCAAAUCUAUUUCGAUAAUCUUCCAGUAUUUCGUUUAUCAAAAAUCUUACGUUUUCCAUCACAAGUCUCCUCAUUUAUUAAUGAUCCUUGUUUAAAUAAUUCAUGUAGUAAAAAUGGACUCUGUCAAGAAGUUUUAAACUCAAAUCAUUCAUCGUACUUUUGCUUUUGUAAAAGUGGUUAUUAUGGUAUUUACUGUGAACAUUACGAUGAAGUAUGUAGUCACUAUUGUGCACCAAAAUCACUUUGUAAACCAAAAUAUCGCGGCAUUUUAACAGGAAAUCAACAACAUCCAUUGUGUUUGUGUCCAGUGUCAACAUUUGGUAAUAGAUGUUAUUUUAAAAAUGAAAAUUGUAAAAAAAAUCCAUGCUUAAAUGGAGGAAGUUGUAUUGUGACAUACAAUAUGACUGAUAUAAAUGAGUAUAUUUGUAUUUGUACGAGUUUAUUUCAAGGAAAUCAAUGUCAAUUAUCGAAAGGAAUAGUGAAUAUUACAUUUGCUUUGUCGUCAGGCACUGUAUUACAAACAACUGAUGUUGUUGCUACAACAGUUUUAUAUAGCGAUUAUAAAGUCGAGACAUUGGAUUUUAUUGUUCGUCAUCAACAAGUUUAUAUUGGUUUGCCUUUAGGUGUAAAACUAAUCUAUAGUCAUAAACUUGCUACAUAUGCGCCAACAACUGCUGUUUUGAAAGUUUAUGGACCAAAUUAUCAUCACCAGGAGCCAAAAUAUUAUUUGUUAUAUUUUCAUCCUGAUCAAAAAGAAAUUCAUAUUAGAUUUGAUCUAACAUUAGAAAACUAUUGUCCGUUCGUUCGAACAUUAAGGCAUUUAGUUCAGACAACUAAAAAAACAGGUAAGCUAAGAUUCUUUAGUAGUGACAUCAUGUUGAGCGAAGUGAAACUUGUACACAUUCUCAGCUGA